GUUUUCCAGAAUAUUAGGCUCUGAAUUAAAAGUAUACUCUGGUGAUUUAAAAAUCUAAACUCUGUUGCUCUCCACGUUUUGAAUUUUUAGGCUGAGAUAGUAAAAAAUUAGGCAGAAUUUGUGAAUGCUUUAGAUGAAAGUGAUAGCCUCUGUAGGUAACUGGAGGCUAGUUUAUCGAUAAUAUGGAGGGGAAAAUUGAAAAAUUUGUGCGUUUCUACGCCACACUUUAUGUACUGGCUUCUCUGUGCUGCCAGAACGGCGAUUGUAAAACUGAGAACGAUUUUUGCAGCGCCAACUUGACUGAAUUGGGCGGCGUUCCGGACCAGAUAAUCAUCCCUAACGGAAAUAUGUCGGCUUACAGUCCCGACCUGGACGUCAUUGCCCUCUGCACUCCGGACGUUAUUCAACUGAUGUGUAACGAUACGAGAACGUUUACGUUCGACGACGGGCAAUAUUCUGUGGUGAACGUCAGCUGUGACAGCGGCUACAAACUGCAACGUCACUACGGCACCAAGACGUCUGAACUCACAAGGAUGAAGCCUUGUUUGGGACCCUGUCAAGGCGGCAUCACUUGUGGCCUAAAAUUCGUGAACUCCACCAGCUUCAUUUUGAACGCGACAACGACGGCCAAAAAUGUCGGCAAUGCCAGCAACGUUCAGAUGCUCGGUUGCGAGAGUGAAAAAGUGGUUUUGACGUGCGAAACUGAGCUUCACUCUAUCCACUUGUCCUAUCAGUUACCCAAUGGGACCAACGUCACAAACUUGGAUGUUCAGAAGAAACAGUUCGAAACCACCUGCAGAUCAGGGGUCUUCACAUCGACGGGCGUUGUGACCAAAAUGAGCAACGACACCGAAUAUCACCCCGAGUGUCUGUUCUCAGGCUCGCUGCUCUGCAGAGGUCAACCCUACUGCGUUUUCACAUUCCAAAAUUCGACGCCCAGUUUCUUGACCGACGCCUCGACCAAUGCCACUAACAGUGGUAACAUCUGGAGUCCUGUUAUAAAUUCUCAAACACCUUAA